AUGCCUUCUAACAAAAAUCGGUUGUACGUCGCGUUGUAUCCUAGUGGCGUCGUAAACAAUGAGGAGCGCAAAUACCAUUGGGGUUUUCUGAUCGGACCCAAAGCAGAACGCAGCGACGUCAUACCAGGCGCACGUUACCACGUCAAGAAUUUCCCUCUCGGCUGGACAUAUGAAGAAAUUCCAUUGGAGAAUGUCCGAGCCACCAACAGCCUCUUGGCACGCAUUCUCAUUGCCAAGAUCGAAGACGAGCAGCGUCUCAUUGCCCUUUUUCGGCGACUUCCAGUUCUGCAGGACGAUCCAAACUGGAGAUGUCGCACAUGGAUCGCAAGCGCACUCGUCGAGAUUGCGAAGGAUGGGAAGUGUGUUGGCACUGCUGAGUUGAAUUGGCAGAAGAUUGAGGCUGUUGCGAGACAGUACGUAGACCACAAGACUGCUAGUGGUCGCUAUCGGUCUGCUGCAGAUCUGAUGAAACCGAAGCCUACCUGGGACAUGCUUGAGAAUAAGGAAAGUGUACCGUAG